AAAAAAUAUAAUAUACUAAUUAUUAAGAGUUUUUUUUUAUUACACUAAAUUCAUAAUCCUUUCAUAUAACAUAUAACGGAAAAAUAAAAAAUAAAAAAUCAAAUCAAAUUUUCCUUACUAAAAUCCUUCAAUAAUUCAAAAAAAAAAAACCAAUAUUUACGUCAGAAAACAUAGGGGAGGGAUUGCAGGGUUGAAGCUCUUUACCGCCUUCUUCACCAAAUCACUUUGUACGGAACCAGAAAUGGCACUGACUCUGGUUCAACACUUCCGCCAUUUCCGACCAGGCCCUUCUUCUUCUUCUUCUUCUUCUUCUUCUUCCUCGACCUCCUUUUCGUUCCCCUUCCCCUUCACCGCUCUCUUCCCACUCAACAAACCCAACUCAGCGAAGCCCCCUCGCCUCUUCAUUUUCCGACCCUUAUCGUCCAAGCGCUCGGCCUACGCAACCGCCGCCACUGACGACAAGUCCCUUUCUUUCACCGCCGACUACCUUGUCCAGUCCUGCGGCCUCACCCCGGCCGCCGCCGCCGCCGCCUCCCAGCGUGUCCAGUUCUCUACCCCGGAAAAACCCGACUCCGUGCUCGCCCUCCUGAGGUCCCACGGCUUCUCCAAUGCCCAGAUCUCGAAGCUCGUCAACCGCCGCCCCUCGCUGCUCCUGGCGACCCCGGAGAGCAGCCUGCUGCCCAAGCUCGAGUUCUUCUACUCGAUCGGGGUCUCGAGAUCGGAGCUCGCCAAGAUCCUCUCCCGGGACCCUACACCUCUGUGCCGGAGCCUCCAGAACCAGAUCCUGCCCUCCUACGAGUUCUUGCUCGGCUUCCUCGAAUCCGAUAAGAAGAUCAUUUCUGCAAUGAGGAGAACGUCUUGGGUCUUCUUGCUUGAUUACACGAAGAAUCUCGCCCCGAACAUGGAGCACCUAAGCAAACUCGGCGUGCCUAAGUCUUGCCUAUCCUUGCUAUUCGCCCAUUUCCCAGAGGCUCUUCUGAAGAGCCACGAGGAGUUUGUAGAAAACGCGAGGGAGGUAGUGGAGAUGGGAUUCGACCUGAAGAAGACCGUGUUUGUCCUGGCGGUCCAUGUGAUCUCAGGGAAGGGGAACAGGGCGAUAAUGGAGCGGUGCAAGGAGGUCUACGCUAGGUGGGGAUGGUCCGAGGAUGAUAUCAAGGUCGCGUUCAGGAAGCACCCGAACUGUAUGAUCCUAUCAGAAAAGAAGAUCGAUCGUACGAUGGAGUAUCUCGUGAACGAGAUGAAAUUGCCCGCUAGGAGGAUCUCUCAGUGCCCUGCUAUUCUCUUCUUCAGCUUGGAGAAGAGGAUCAUCCCGAGAUGUGAGGUGAUUAAGGUGUUGCUGAAGAAGGGGCUGCUGAAGAGAGACUUCAGCUUGAGCACAUUCUUGCUUCCCCCGGAGGAGAGGUUCUUGGAUAGGUUCGUGGAGGGCUACCAGGAGGAAGCGCCCGAGUUGAUGAGUGUAUUGAGAAGGAAGCGGGACAGUACGGAAGCGCAAUGACAGGGAAUGACGAGGAGAUUAGACUCUAACUUAGCAUUCGUAUCAAAGGCUGAGGAGAAGUUUUUCCCGGAUUAUAUUCAUGGAAAUGGAAACACACGAGGGCAAGUACCAAGCUUUCAUGUUUUCUGGUUCAUGCGAACGUAAGAUCGAGUCAAUGACAUUGUAAGAGGAAAGUUGCUCGAGGUCUCUUCUGAAUUCUUCGCGAUAUUUUCGUUAGACCUCGGCCUUAGACGCUCCAAUGUAUGUCAUGUUUUGGAGAACUUUACAAUCGAUCCUGCAGGGGAAGAUCGAGUAAUAUUGAAGCCCGGGAAGGCAGCUUAGAUCUCUAGAAGGACAAAUCAUUGUAAAAGAUCAACUUAAUUUUCCGGAAAGCAAGUUCUUGAUCUGGAGAAAAUAUUGGCCGUUCGUUAA